AUGACGAAGUCAGAAGUUUUCUUUAGUAACAAUUUGAGUAACACGACGAAAGAAGACCUUGCAGUUAUUAUGGGAGUCUGUCAUGUUCUGGGCACUGGCAAUUAUUUGAGGCUGCCCUCGAUGAUCAGAAGGAGUAAAAAAGCUACGUUUUCUUAUAUUAAAGAUCGUAUAUGGAAAGAGAUAAAUUCUUGGAAGGGGCGAUCUUUAUCCAAAGCGGGAAAAGAAUUGAUGAUCAAAUCAAUCUUACAGGUAAUUCCGACAUAUGUUAUGAGUAUGUAUAUUAUUCCUGAUGGAGUGAUUGAUGAUAUUGAGAAAAUGUUGAAUUCUUUUUGGUGGGGGUGGGGGAGUAAUAAUAACAAGGGAAUAAGAUGGAUGACAUGGGAGAAGCUUACUUGUUCUAAGACGGAGGGUGGAUUUGGGUUCCGUGACUUAAAAGCUUUUAACAUGGCGAUGGUGGCUAAAUAG